AUGAGAAGCUCUAUCCGGAAGACGCUGGACCCGCGGACGCGCUCCAGGCGGCCUAUGAAGGUCCUUGAGCGUGAUGAGAGCGUCACUCUGGCAAAGCUUGCGCCCUCACUGCUAAAUGCGACUUUACGGGGCGUCUCCCUAUACUUAUGUAAGGAAUGGCUACUUGAGAGGAAGGUUGGCUCCCUGUGGGCCCUAACUAGAGUCAUCGGAGUUGUUGGCCUGCUCUCUACUUUCGUUUGGCUACCUUAUCGAAGAAAAAUAGCACGUUUGGAUUGGAAUCUUGUUGUCAUUCCUUCAUUAGCACUUAUGCUCCAAUAUUGGUCACUCUAUUCAGCCCUUGCUCGCGUGUCAUUGCCGCAGGUGCUAGGCUUCACUUUCACCUCUUCCUACUGGCUUCCCGCUCUCACUACUGCUAUUUCCCUACGAAAAACUUUAUAUGUCAUACUGGCGGCCUCUUUGUCCAUCUUAUCAUCUAUCUAUUCCCCCGCCCUCACUGGACCUGCUCCCACCCUGCGAUCUGUCUCACUAGGAUAUAUCUGCAUUCUUAUCCAUGCAGUCGCCAAAACCGUUCAUCGAAUAUACUUCGACCAGCUCUUAUUACAAUCGUCAGUUUCACAUCAUGUUUCCUCUUCCAUUAUUUUGACUGGCGCAGGGGGGUUUGCAUUCCAACUUGGUCUUCUCUCUUCUUUCAUAUCAGCAUCAGACCCCCCUCCUGCUCCACAUGCCCCCAUGUUAGUUCUUCCUAUCCUAGCUGCCUCUCUUGCUUGCAGCACCUUCGUGCCGCAUCAUAUCCGCGGUGAGGAACAACAUCCUGCGCUUGUUUUGAUCUCCUUCCCAGCGGAACAAUUUGUGGCCUUCUUCACUGGGAUCACAUUAUUCGGAAAAGCACUGGGCUUUGCCAAUCUAAUAGUUCUGGGUCUUCUGUGCUCUGUAUUAUCGAUAUCGACUCAGACUGCGUCAGGCAGCGCGCCGAUCGUCACUACCAAGCAGCUCAAGGCUUUCUUCGACACCAUCAUGUCAAAUCCCGAAUCUCGGAAGAUAUCUUACUUCCUCGCUCUGAAUCUUGCUUUCAUGGGCGUGCAGAUCAUGUAUGGUGUAUGGACAAACAGCCUUGGCUUAAUUUCAGACGCAAUACACAUGUUCUUUGACUGCAUGGCUAUUGGAGUGGGUCUAGUAGCCUCCAUCAUGGCACGAUGGCCACCGAACGAGCGUUUUACUUAUGGCUAUGGGCGUAUUGAAACACUAUCUGGUUUUGCGAAUGGCAUGUUUCUAAUUCUAAUAUCCAUAUUCAUCGUCUUCGAAGCGAUCCAGAGAAUCGCCAAUCCCCCGGAGAUGGAAACGAAGCAAUUGCUAUUAGUGAGCACGAUGGGUCUAGGCGUCAAUCUCUUUGGGAUGUUUGCUAUGGGUGGGCAUCACCAUCACCAUCAUCACGGACAUGGGCACAGUCAUGAUGGUCAUGACCACAUCAAACAUGGGGAAACUACCGAACACCACGAACACCACGACCACCACGAGCAUCACGAGCAUCACGACCACGAUCACGACCAUGACCAUGACCAUGAUCAAGCCGAAGCCCAUGAUCACAGUCCUGACGAAACACACCAUAAUCAUGUGCACCUGAACGCAACUCGUUCUCUUCAUGCUCAUGAUGAGCAUGAACACCAUGGCGAGAAGUGCGAUCAUGAGAGUCACCACGAACAUGGACAUGACCACGUGCAAACUACGCAACCCCAAACGCAUAGCGAACGCUCCCAUGUUCAUCAUUCUCAUGCAAAACAUUCCCAUGGCCAUGGCCAUGAUCAUGGUCAUGGACACGGUCAUAAUAUGCGAGGGGUAUUUUUACACGUCAUGGCGGACACUUUGGGAUCCGUUGGCGUCAUCAUUUCCACAAUUCUGAUUGAACAGUAUGGAUGGACAGGAUUCGACCCAAUAGCGUCACUUUUCAUUGCCGCGCUCAUCGUUGCUAGUGUUGUACCGCUGAUGAUCGACUGUGGACGGGUCCUAAGCCUCGACCUAGGCGGACAAGAGGACGCCGUUAGACGAGCUUUAAGUGAAGUCUCGCAAGUCGAGGGUGUGAGAAACUACGAAAAUCCGCGAUUCUGGCCCAAAGACUCCGAGACCAUUGUUGGCGCAAUAACCAUCAAUUUAUCACGGUCGCCCAGUGAUGGUGACCAACUACUAUUGCCCAUCUCUGACGUUGUCUCCAGUGUGGAACACUGCCUUCGUCGGUGCAUCCCUUCAUUAGCCGAACUCAAUAUACAAGUUUCAUAA